AUGAGCAGCACGCCUGCAACGAAACGAAGACGGAUCAGCCGUUCUCCCUCACCAGUCUACAAAAUAGAUGACACUGUAGAUGACUAUGAGCCAUAUAUCCCAGUCGCCCAGCGCCGCCAGGCAAAGCUCGCUGCCAUCGCUUCUCGCAGCCUAGCUGGAAGGGCAAAGUCCUCAAAACAGUCAAGCUUAGAACCGGAGCAACCAGAUGUAGAUGACGCAGAGGAGAAACAGAGGGAAAGAGAGAGAAAGGAGCGGACGUUGUUGCUCGAGGCGCAGGAGGUGCAUAGGAAGAAGGCCGUUGAAGAUGCUCAGAAGACUGAAGUAGAACGGAAUGAAGAAGCGGAUGCUGCUAUCCUUGCUGCUAUAGCGAGCAGAAAAAAGCUCGCAUCGGAUUUGGAAUUGGCCAAGGGCAUACAAUAUACUGAGCCUCUCAAGUCCUCUUGGACACCGCCUCGUUAUAUACAGGCACGGCCAAAAGAAGUGAAUCAGCGAAUUCGCGAACAGUACCAUAUUCUCGUCGAAGGAGAGGAUAUCCCGCCGCCCAUUCCGAGCUUUGCGGACAUGAAGAUUCCCGAUGUGCUCCUCAAGAAUCUCAAAUCGAAGGGCAUCGUGAGCCCUACCCCCAUUCAAACACAAGGUUUGCCGGUAGCACUCGCCGGAAGGGAUAUGAUAGGGAUUGCAUUUACCGGUUCAGGAAAGACGCUCGCAUUCUGUCUACCGUUGAUUAUGUUCGCAGCCGAAGAGGAGACAAAAUUGCCAUUUGUUCGUGGUGAGGGACCGGUUGGUAUAAUACUAUGUCCAUCACGUGAACUGGCAUCUCAGACGUUUGAAAAUGUCCUUGGCUGGACGAGUGCUUUGGCGAGUGGCGGAUAUCCUCAACUGAAUACUUUACUGUGCAUUGGUGGCAUCUCCAUGUCGGAACAAUCACAUACGCUUAACAAAGGCCUUCACAUUGUCGUUGCGACACCCGGUCGAUUGAUUGAUAUGUUGGAGAAGCGACGAUUUAGUCUUGAUAGUUGCAAGUUCCUGUGUAUGGAUGAAGCGGAUCGGAUGAUCGAUUUGGGGUUUGAAGAUGAUGUCCGGACUGUAAUGAGUUUUUUCAAGUCCCAACGACAAACUCUUUUGUUCUCUGCUACUAUGCCCAGGAAAAUCCAGGACUUUGCACAACAGUCGCUCAUACAGCCUGUCCUUGUGAAUGUUGGGCGCGCUGGAGCGGCAAAUUUGGACGUACUCCAGGUCGUCGAAUAUGUGAAACAGGAGGCAAAGAUGGUGUAUCUCCUUGAAUGCCUGCAGAAGACUCCACCGCCUGUGAUCAUCUUUAGCGAUAACAAGAAUGAAGUGGAUGAUAUUCAGGAGUAUCUCCUGCUGAAAGGCGUAGAAGCAGUUGCCAUCCAUGGAUCAAAAACCCAAGAAGAACGACAAUAUGCAAUAAAGUCAUUCAAGUCAGGUGCAAAAGACGUGAUGGUCGCCUCGGGUGUUGCUUCCAAGGGACUCGACUUCAACGACAUCCAACACGUCAUCAUCUUCUCCAUGCCGAAGGAAAUCGAAGACUACGUUCAUCAGAUUGGAAGAACCGGGAGGAGCGGGAAGACAGGUAUCGCCACGACGUUUGUGAAUAUGAAUACGUCUGAGCAGACGUUGUUGGAUUUGAAGUAUUUGUUGAUGGAGGCAGGGCAGAAGGUCCCACCGUUCCUUGUAUCAAUCGAAGACCCAAGGACUGCUCAGGGCGCUUCGUUCAAAGGGUGUCCGGUCUGUGGUGGUUUGGGACAUGGUAUAUCGCUUUGUCCAAAGUUGGAGGACUCCCAACGCAGACAGAUGGCAUCGCAUAGGGCGGAUGAUAUGGGCGGCAAUUACUGAUUGCGGGCUCUGAUUUUUGGUUGUUGUGGGCUCAUUAGUCACCGGGGACUUGUGAACCCCGUCUGCAUCUUUUGAUAGUCUAGAAGGAUCAUCUCAUAAUGUAUUGCAUUUAAUGGUUUAUGGCGUAUGUAUGAAUAAUGAACUGGAUCAGGC